AAACGUUUAUUUAUCUCUCAUGGCUGGCAUUCCAUCUGGGAUAGUUUACUAGCAGAAGACAAAACGAUACAUCCCACCAGGAUGAUUCAUAUGGAAUGCAUAUACUAGGAGUUGUUCAUAUUUGACAAGGCUCGUCCUAUCUACUUGUAUCUUCCAGUUGUUGAAAAUCACUUAUAUUGACUGACUACUCCUUGUCAAGAGAAAUCCGGCGAGUCCUGGAGAGUUCAGAGAAGAUGAACAAGGUAGACUUAAAAGUUGUCAUGCUAGGACAUGAAGCUGUGGGAAAGACAAGCUUGCUGGAGCGGUUUGUAAAUGACAGAUUCAACGAACAUUUGUCUUAUCAGAAUACCAUCGGAGCUGCUUUCGCAGCUAAGCAAAUGGAGGUUGGUGGUAGAAAGUUUGUACUCGGUAUAUGGGAUACUGCUGGUAGUGAAAGGUAAAUUAUUCCUAUUGACU